UAAAGGUAGAGACCUGUGGGUUCUUGUUCUGGGAAGGUUUCCAACCCAUCAUAAGAUUGGCAUUCCAGAGUUCAAGUAUGUUGCUAAUAUGCAUGGGGAUGAGACUGUUGGGAGAGAAAUCCUGCUCCAUUUGAUCGACUUCCUGGUGACCAACUACAGACGUGACCCAAAUGUUACCCGUUUACUCAAUAAUACCCGGAUCCAUAUCAUGCCAACAAUGAAUCCUGAUGGAUUUGAAGCUACCAAAGUGCCUGAUUGUUAUUACUCACGAGGAAGGUACAAUAAGAAUGGGGAAGACCUGAACAGAAAUUUUCCUGAUGCCUUUGAAAAUAACAACGCCAGCAUUCAGCCCGAGACUCGAGCCAUAAUGGACUGGAUAAAAAACGAAACAUUUGUUCUUUCGGCCAACUUGCACGGGGGUGCCCUGGUCGCCAGUUACACCUUUGACAAUGGUAACUCCGUUACCGGCUCUCUGAAAGGCUACAGCAGGUCUCCGGAUGACGAUGUCUUUAUUCACCUGGCAAAGACCUACUCUUUCAACCAUGCCAGCAUGUACAGAGGGAUUGGGUGCGACAACAGGCAGACCUUCCCACAAGGCAUUACCAACGGCUAUUCCUGGUACCAGCUGGAAGGUGGAAUGCAAGAUUACAACUACAUCUGGGGACAGUGUUUUGAAAUUACACUGGAGCUGUCAUGUUGUAAAUACCCUCCAGCAGACCAGCUGGAAAAGUUCUGGAGAGACAACAAAGUUGCCCUGAUCGAAUACAUAAAACAAGUGCACCUGGGUGUCAAGGGUCAAGUUACUGAUAAGAAUGGGAAUCCUAUCCCCAAUGCUAUCGUGGAAGCCGAGGGGAGGCCUCACGUCUGCCCGUACCGGACAAAUGAACACGGGGAGUACUUCCUUCUCCUCCUGCCUGGGACGUACGUGAUCAAUGCUACUGUACCGGGAUUUAAAUCGAUGCUGAAGACACUGGAAAUACCCGACAACACUGGCAACUUCAGCGCUUUGAAACACGACUUCUCCUUCUCAGAAGUCUCCAUCAGAUCAAGAGCUGCUUCAUGUCCCAGAACUCCCCUCUACCAGGAGCUCCAGCGGGCUUCGGCUGCAGUAAAACCGACCUUACAUAUCUUGGCUUUAAUGACGGUUACGCUUGUAAUUCUCAAAUGACGUCAGGAAUGACGUG